AUGACUUUUGAAGUGUCUAAUAACAAUGGUGACUACAAGGGAACCACACAUCCUUACAAAAUUAACUUCAUGUAUACAAUGUGUAUGAAGCCUUCUGAGCAUAUCUCUGAUAUAUCUCGCUUCAAUUUCUCUCAUUUUUCAGAGAUUUUAACUCAAUCUAAUGUCGAUGAAACUUUCAUUGGUUGGUUUUAUUUCAACAAUAUUCUCCAUGUCAAUAUGUCUCGCUUCAAUUUUUCUCCUUUUUCAAAGAUUUUAACUCAAUCUGAUGUCGGUGAAGCUUUCAUUGAUGUUAGUGGAGAAAUUAUUGGUAUGAGUGAGAUUAUUGUGAAAGAUUGUUCGGAUAAUAUGUCAAAGUUGUUGGAUAUUCAACUUAGAGAUCUCAGUCAAACUAUCCCCGAAUGUACUUUACGGAUGCCUGAUAGUGAAUCAAAUGAUGCUCUUAGAGUUUCUCAACUCAUGACUCCGGAGUUGAGCCAAAAAGAGAAAGAUUAUUUUCCGUUAGGUAGAUGGAAAUCUAUUGAUCAUAUUACUACAAAUUUUGAGGGAAGUUAUUGA